CUCUCCGAUUCAGCUUUUAGCAGAGCCACAUUCUGACAGAGCAAGUUGCCAAGGCGUCGAAGUCGAUCUGGAUCAUGGUUCUAUGUGCUUCAGAAGACUGCAGGCGCAGCUGGCUGCGAGCGGCAGCCUCGAAUACUUCCAGGAGGUGAUUCAAGUGGCACCUCCCCAUGUUUGGACCGCCAGUGUCCUGACCACAGCUGCCUGGAUGGGUCUUGGAUGCCUAUGGCCACGUUUUUACUGGCGACCCAAGGCUUGGCACCGAGCGGCCAAGCAUUCAGCGAGAGGUGCAUGUCGCAUCCUAGUGAAGCGACACCGCCAGCAGAUGCCAGAAUUCAAGCCAAAGAGCAUCGCAUGUAUUGUUUGGGCCUGGGGCAAGUUGCGCGUGAAGGAGCAAGACCUCCUGGAACACAUCUGCAAGACCAUUCCAGGCUCUUUGCCUCAGUUCUCCACCAGGGACCUGGCCAACGUGAUCUACGGCCUCGGCCUGCUUGGCCACCGGGAAGAGGCUGUCCUGGGCCUUCUCUGCGAGCGCUUGGCCGAGAAGCUGCCCGAGUCCAACGGGCAGACCAUGGCGAACGCGGUCUACGCGCUGUGCCUCCUGCGGUUCAAGCACCGCGGCUUCUUGACCGCGCUCUGCGAGCAAGCCCCUGAACGCGUGCCGCAGUUUAAAUGUCAAGAGCUCUCCAUUUCGGUCUACUCCCUCGCGCUGCUGCGCGUCCGCAACGAGCGGCUGCUGAAUUCGCUGUGUGCGGCAGCGCAGCCGCGGCUCGCAGAGUUCAGCCCUCAGAACAUCUCCAACCUCGUCUACGGCCUUGGCAUCCUGCGCUGCUCCUCACCGCUGCCAGCCGCGGCCUGCCACUUCUCGGCCGGCCGCUUGGCCCACUUCACCGCCCAGGGUCUGUCCAACAUGACCUAUGCGCUGGGUCUUUUGCGCCUCCCUCAUGGAGUUUUCCUAAAGCAUUUGUGUGCUGAGCUUUCAGAACGUGCGAAGGAGCUGGAGCCCCAACAUAUUGGCAACAUCUCCUACGCCCUGAGUGAGAUGGGCUUCCGGAGAUGUUAUGCUGAUGAGAUUCGUGCGAGAGUCCCAAAAGAGAAAACAUGGUGCGCUGCGUAG